UUUGUAGGGUUUCCCAUUUCUCUGUUCGUUUCCCUUUUAUUAGAAAAAACACACACACACACAUAAAAUUUUAUUGCUUGUUGAUAUCAAUGAGAUAAAUUUUGGGGUUUUUGCUCAGAUUGACUGACGAUGGAGGAGAGCCAAAUGAAUAAAAGACUUCAUGUUACUACCUCGAUGGAUGUCAUCUUCGGAAAUGUUGAUCUUUUAUCUGAAAUUCUACUUCGUUUGCCUGCAAGAUCUCUCAUCAGGUUUGGUCUAGUAUGCAAGCUUUGGUUGUACAUCACUACUCGUACGCAAUUCAGGCUUAAUCAUUGUCGUACUCUUGCAUUAUCCAAUACCCUCCCCCAUUCCGGUGUCUACUUCUAUAAUAAUUUGACCAAUCUUCAACGAAUUGACUCUGUUACGCUGAAUGAUAAUGUAACAAGCCUCCCUCCUGUUCCGCUCCUUGACCAAAUGGCUGCAAAAACAGGAUCUCCAGUCAAGGUUACGCAAUAUUGCAAUGGCUUGUUAAUGUGUGUGAUCACCUCGAAAAAUGAAGUAUCUGAUCUCAAACUCGGUUUUGUUUACAAUCCUGCAAAGAACGAGUAUCAUCCAUUACCGAACCCUUAUGUUAAGUAUUAUGAAUUGAUUUAUGGAUAUUAUCUGAUGUUUGAUCCUUUAGAACCACCUUACUACAAAGUUUAUUGUGUAAAGCGUUUAGGUACUACUUUUCGAGGUUUCUUUUUUGGUUCUAGAGAUCUCGAAAUUAGUGUCUAUGUGCCAGGUACUGACUCAUGGAGAUCUUGUUGUCGUUUCUAUGCAAACUAUACUACGCAUUUUGACAGUGGGGUGUUUUGGAAUGGUGCAAUUCACUGGCUUGGUGAAAGCUCCUCUGUUCACUUUGAUGCUAAGUCAGAGGAAGUCGUUAUGAAAAGUAUGCCACGAAGGCCUCACGGUGAUUUUGACGAAAAGAUCAGGUAUUUUGGUGAAUCAUGUGGACAUUUGCAUCUUAUUCAGGUUCAGAGCCGAUAUGCCAAGAAAUUUAAUGUGCUUGAAUUAGAUAAAGAUACUUGGAAAUGGUCAGUGAAGUAUCGUGUUCAUCUUGCUCGAUUAAUUUCAACAUUUCCUGAGAUGGCUAAGCAAGCAUUAUAUGGUGUACAAUAUAUGUACUCCAUUUUGUCUGUGAUCCGUGGAGAGAAGGAUGAUAAUUCAGUCUUAUUGCUUACUAUUCCUGGGAAGGUAGUCAUGUACAACUUAGUACAUCGAACUACUAAAGUUAUCCGCGAGUUGCCUGAUGAAGUAAGUGAUACUUUACACUUCAAUCAUGUAAGUGCUUAUCAGUAUACUGAAAGUUUGUUUCCCGUUAGAAAGUGGAAUAGUAUCGGAAAAUAGUGGUCUUAUUAGCGUGGAAUUCUAGCUCAUCGUUGUUCAAAUUCGAGUUUUUGUAGUUCUUUUGGUGAUUCAGUAUCAAUGUUAUUGAACCUUUACUGUAAAAUGAUUUCAAUGUUUUAUCUGGACAUAUUGAUUUUGUGUUCAA